AUGGUCACUAACAACUUUAAAAGAAACGGCGAGAAGUUAGACGAGGUGAGAAUCAUGGAGAAAGUCCUUAGAUCGUUGGAUUCAAAAUUUGAGCAUAUUGUCACCGUCAUUGAAGAGACAAAAGAUUUAGAGACUAUGACAAUGGAGCAACUUCUUGGUCUUAGGAGAAAAGAAGAAGAAGGAAGACAUCACAGAGCAAUUGAAGAGAAGUCUAACUAUGUUGAAGAAAUAAGCCAAGAAGAUGAUAUGUUAUUGAUGGCUUACAAGAAAGAUGAACAAGAAGAGGUUCACAAGUGGUACCUUGAUAGUGGUGCGAGCAAUCAUAUGUGCGGAAAAAGAAGCAUGUUCGUAGAGCUUGAUGAAUCGGUGAAAUGA